UCACGUCAAACCUGCUCCUAUUACCGGAAAGUUCCCCCGGCAAAGAUGGCAGCCUCGGGGUUUUCGUCCCAGUUUCUUCUUUCUCUCAUCCUCUGUUCCUUGGUUUCAGCCUCUGCAGAUUUCUUCCAGGACGUGGUGCCAACAUGGGGUGGCCCCCAUGUUCAAAUACUCAACGGAGGCCGGCUUCUCACCCUCACCAUGGACCAGAAAAAUGGUGGUGCUGGAUUCAGCUCCAAAGUUGACUUUCUUUUUGGAAGGUUUGAUAUGCAAAUGAAGCUCAUUCCUGGUAACUCUGCUGGAACAGUUACAACUUUCUACUUAACUUCUGGUGAUGAACCGAAUCACGAUGAAAUUGAUUUUGAAUUCUUAGGCAAUACAAGUGGUUCCCCUUACACUGUCCAUACAAAUGUGUUUAUCAAUGGGCAAGGGGGCAGGGAGGAAGAGUUCAAACUCUGGUUUGACCCAUCAGCAAAUUUUCACUCUUACUCCAUUGUAUGGGGUCCUCAAGCUAUUAUGUUCUUUGUGGAUAACAUCCCGAUCAGAGUGUAUGGCAACCAACAAGGAACUCCUUACCCGCAUACCCGGAGGAUGAAGGUGUUAGCUAGCCUCUGGAAUGGAGAAGGAUGGGCUACAAGGGGAGGAAAGGUGAAGCUGGAUUGGGCCAAGGCACCUUUCAUAACAUACUACAGAAACUAUUUAGCCACCGAUGCCUGGCAAAUUCAAAGGCUGGAUCCAAAAGGAAGGAUUCUGCUGAAAUGGGCGCAGAAGAAUUACAGGACUUACUACUAUUGCCAUGACUUCGAAAGGUUUAGCCAUUAUGGUGGUCGCCCACAAGAAUGCAGGCGGCCUAGGGCCAGGAAGGGGAAGGCGAUAGGGAAGCAACAUUGAGUGAUUGACCUAUUCGAUGAUGUUUCUUGACAAAAGAGAGAAAGUGGUUUGGGACUCAUAACCCACAGGUUUUACACAUUUUUGGGUGAAAAGAGCAAAAAUGGCUGCUGAAAUCGGCUCACCCAUUUUGUUA